AUGGGUAUUCUUGAGAAGAUCGCACAGAUCCAAGAAGAGCUUGCUCGUACCCAAAAGAACAAAGCCACAGAGUACCAUAUUGGACUCUUAAAGGGUAAAUUAGCCCGGUACAGAAGAGAACUCUUGGAACCCCAACCAGGCCAGGGAUCGUCGGGAGGUGGACAGGGAUUCGAAAUUGCCAAGGCAGGAGAUGCCCGUGUGUCGCUUAUUGGAUUUCCGUCCGUGGGUAAGUCGUCGUUCCUUCUGAAAGUCACAAACACCAAAUCUGAAGCAGCUUCAUAUGAGUUCACGACAUUGACAUCUGUGGGUGGUAUUCUAGAGUACAACGGAGCCGAGGUCCAAAUUGUUGAUUUGCCCGGUAUCAUUAAGGCGGCUUCUCAAGGUAAAGGUCGUGGUAGACAGGUCAUUGCUGUCUCUCGUACAUCAGACCUUAUUCUCAUGAUCCUCGAUGCCACAAAGGGCGGUGAGCAGCGACAAAUCUUGGAGAAUGAGUUGGAGUCCAUGGGAAUCCGUCUCAACAAAGAGAGACCCAACAUUCUGUUGAAAAUCAAGAAGACUGGUGGAGUUAAGUUAAACCUGAUCACGCCGCCAAAAUACUUGGACGAAAAGAUGAUUUCAGCAAUCCUCAAAGAUUACAAGAUCCACAACGCUGAUGUGCUUAUACGAGAUGAGAACUGUACCAUCGAUGACUUCAUUGAUGUGAUCAAUGAGCAACACAUGUCUUACAUCAAAUGUCUCUAUGUGUACAACAAGGCAGAUGCGGUAUCGUUGGAGGAAUGCGACCGUUUGGCUCGUGAGCCCAACACAAUGGUGAUUUCCUGUGAGAUGGAGCUCGGAAUCGACGAGUUGAAGGAAGAGAUCUGGCGCCAGCUCGGCUUGGUGCGUCUUUACACGAAGAGAAGAGGUAUCAUGCCUAAUUUCGACGACCCAAUGGUGGUGCGCGCUGAUUCUUCUAUAUUGCAGGUUUGUGACGCCAUUCACAGAGAAAUGAAGAACCAGUUUAAGUAUGCAUUGGUGUGGGGGUCCAGCGCCAAGCACUCGCCGCAGAAAUGUGGUUUGCAGCAUCCUGUCAAUGACGAGGAUGUGGUGCAGAUUGUGACGAAGUAA